AUGACUACAGGAACUAAUGGUGCUCGGCGCAUAACGUCGCUGCUGCGCCCAUCAAGACUCGACUCUGGCGUAUGCCGAAGCUGUUCAGAAACCUUGGGCCGUCGCAACUACGCCUCUGCUGCCACCGAAUCCACAUCUGCAUCAACCACUCCUCCUCCUUCCACAACCUCCGUGAACCCCGUCUACACCAUCAAUGCCGGCGUGGUUCUCUCCCGCCCGCCCCAGGUCACCCGCGACCUUGAGCCCUUCGAGAAAGCAUACUACUUCUACCAGAAGCGUUUGAAUGAGCGUCUGGCCCUCCCCUUCACCAAAUACUUUUACUUCAAGCGCGGUACUCCGUUAGACGAGGACUGGAAGAAGAAGAUCCAGGAGCGUCUUACUCCUGCGCGCGACAUCGGAAAGUACAACGCGUACUCCAGUGAUGCAUGGAAUGACGAACUGCUUCUUGGUGCCAAGGAGGCAGAGCCUGAGUACCAGGUCGAGCUGCUGGUCCAGGAUGCCGAGUCUACCGCCAAUGCGACGUCUCAGGAUACCAGCAAGAAGGAGGAGAUUCCGCGCCCACACAGCCGAGUGACGGAGGCCGACAAGAAGGGUGAUUACAAGAGUCUGAACCGUUUGUUGUCCAGGACUUUGUAUCUGCUCGUUCAGUCAAAGGAGGGAUAUUGGAAGUUCCCUAGCUCUCCCGUGGAAGUGGACGAGACUCUUCGCCAGGCCGCUGAGCGUACUUUGGCCCAAUCUGCCGGUGUCAACAUGAACACCUGGAUGGUCGGUUUCCACCCCGCCGGCCACCACGUCUACAACAACCGCAAGCCCCGAAUCGAGGAGGCUACCGGUGUCUCAACCCACGGAGAGAAGACCUUCUUCCUCAAGUCCCGCAUCAUGGCCGGUCAGGCCGAUCUGACCAACAGCCUUCAGAAGCUCCAGGACUACAAGUGGGUGUCGAAGGACGAGAUCUCGCAAUUCGUGACACAGAAAUACUACAGCUCCAUCAAGAACAUGCUGGCUGAUCGUUAA